UGAUAUCUGAAGCUGUUGACAUAAUAAAACAUUAUGCACAUGAUACUAGAGUACUUACAUACUGUUAUAUAAAGGAAAACAGGUGACUGAUUUUGGCAAAGAUGAAAAACAGAGUUCUUGACUGAAUACAGUGGAUCAAAGUUGUUCCUCAGAGGCUCUAAUUUUGUAAUCAUGACUUCGAUUUCAAAACUUACAGAAGAAGAAAGAAACUUCACCAAAUUUUUCUUGCUCAACUUUAAAGUAUCACCUGAUAUUGCAAGGAGAUUCUUUGACGGAGUAUUUCCGCCAACACAAUUAGCUCAAAAUAUUAACAGUAGUAUGCAUGUCAUCAUCAAAUUGAAAAAUCAAAAAAGAAUCAAUCAGGCCCAGUUAGAGCUACUUAUGGCUGUUCCAGGAACGAUAUGGCCAAAUUACCUUCCUUCGAUGCCUGUGGGAACAAAAGCUACCUCUUCUAAGGACUUUGAUCUCACACUGAUGAUAUUUCUGCUGCGUAAUAUAGGAGGCGUAUUAACACCCUCAAAUGGUUGGGAUCAACUUCCGCAUCCGAGUGAUAUGUUACCCGGAGCUCACCUAGCUACAAUGAAGUGGUACAGAAAUAAGUUGGCCCAUACAGCAGUAACGUCUAUGGAUAAAAAUGAAUUUACAGACAAAUGGACUCGCGUUGAAAAGGCAUUGACAUCUUUAAAUAAUGGCAAAAGACCACAUGAGGUCAGUGAUAUCUUAAACCUGGAUCUUGAUGGAGAAAUAGCAAAAACAACUGCAGACGCAGAACUAAAGCAUCUUAAAAAGGAAUACAUUGACUGCGAUAAGGAAAAAGAACAGAUAGAAAGUGAUCUCUCCUUUUACAGGGAAGGACAUCUUCCCAAAAACAUAGCAGAAGCGAAUGCAGCGUUAGUUGAUGCAUGGCGGAUAGAAGACGACAGUUUUUACGAGACAAAGGGAUCAGAAUUUGUGUAUGGCAAAGUAAAGGAUUCUGAUUGUAUUUUGGUGACAUCAAAUUCAGGAUUAGGAAAGACCGCAACCAUCCGACACAUCGCAUUAAAGCUUCAUUCAGAAGGAUUUGAAAUUGUUCCCGUAGAGUCCCCAGAGGAUAUAAUCAAAUACAAAACAAAACAAAAACAAGUUUUCCUUAUUGAUGAUGUCCUUGGAAAAUAUGAUUUAAGUCUUACACUGCUGGAAAAAUGGGAAAGAAUAAACGAAAAGCUGAUAUGCUACUUGAAAACAGAAUUGGGUUCAAACAAAAUAUUGUGUACACUGAGAUUACAAGUAGAACGCCACAAAAGAUUCAAAAAUGCAUCGACAAUUUUAAACCAGGUAGUCAUUAAUUUAGAACACGAGACUACUGCACUUUCAAAAGAGGAAAAACGGAAAAUGUUAUUGAAACACCUAAAUCGAAGUAACAUAGAGAAUGAACUUAAAACAGAAGAGAUUGAGAUAAUGUGUGAUUCAAAUUAUGCCUUUCCACUUCUUUGCAAAUUAGUUUCAAAUGACGAGGAAAGAUUCAGAAAAAGAAUCGCAUUCUUUAGGCAACAUUUAUCACUUUUGAAUGAGGAACUUAAUAAGAUUAGUAUUGAAAAUAAGAAGCUAUAUUGCACAUUGGUGCUUUGUAUGUUAUAUAAUGGUACACUAAGCAGAAGUAUGUUUGACAUUGACUCGCAUGAAUGUGAUGAGAAAAUAAACAAAAUAAUGCAAACUUGUGGGCUUCAAAGAAACACGUCGAAGAAAGAACUUGAGGAUAAUGCUCUCUCUGCUACAGGAUCUUAUUUCACUAAGGACAGUUACAAUAUACGGUUUAUUCAUGAUGCUCUUGCAGAGACUGUUGGUUGUCAUUUCUGUACUUUUAAUCCCAAAGUAAUGUUUUCAGAGUGUCAUAUCUUGUUCAUAAGAGAUCGUGUCAGAGUUCGUUCAGAUGAAAAUGAGAUUGAAAAUGAGGAUGAGAAUAUUGUUAUUAUUCAGGAAGAUAAGUUGAUUGAAGAUCAUCUUAGACCAUUAUUUAAUAGAUUGUUUAAUGAAUUAAAAAGUGGGAGAUUUUCCAGUUUAUUGAUGAGCCACCUUUUUAGAAAUAGAAACCUCGUCCGUAUAUUUGGAAUCACUAUUGAUAAUAAUCGGAGCAUGCUUGUAUCAAUACAUACUUUAUUGACAAAGGUUAGCUCCGAGAGAGUACAAAGAGAUCAGUCUAUCUUUGAAAAGACUGUUGAGUUUUUAUCCAGUUAUAGGGACCAGUCAGUUGUAGGGAAAAAGUUAGAAGAAAUAUGUUCAUCAAAUAAAGAAUUCCAAGAUAACAACGAUGCAAUUAGUCGAGUUAUAGAGGCUGCAUGGUCCAGAAGUACACUUAUGUACUGGAUUGUGGCCUUCGGCUGUUAUGAGUUCUUCAAUAUGCAUGGAGCAAGAUUACAACUAUAGAACGUAAAUGGUUUCUAG